CUGAUUGGGAGGCGCAGUUAACUUAUUGUGAAAACACUAUACGCUUUGAAGUUUUAAGUACCUUUACCCAAUUUAAGCUGAAACUGUAUUUAAGAGGCCUAACAUGGUGCUGUCAGAUCUCAAUUAUUCAUAAUGGCCUUUCGCCGUGUUGCAUGCGAGAAGAAUGUCAGAAAAAAUCAACAUGCUGUAUCAUGUGAUAACUGUGACCAGUGGACCCAUCGUGUAUGUGGAACCAGACUUUCUGUGGCCCGUUAUAGAGAAAUUUGCCGGACUGAAUAAGACUUCCCUUUCCGCUGUGUGAAAUGCGUAGCUCCCGUCAUUGAAGAGGUGAUCGGUGAAGCCCAGGACAGUGUUGACAGCAAUUCAAGUCCGAGUUGAGGUAGAGAAACAAGCUGUUGAAAACACCUACAAAUCAGGCACCAGUAUCGUUGAAGAUGCUCAACAGAGAUUGUCGACCCUGACCAGGCUGGUGGACGCCAAAACCACUUGACCCUCAUUCGCAUGGCAAACCGAACCAGGGAACUGUUGCGCCCAAAGAACCGAGGACAUUGGACUUUGAGAUUGCUGAGGACUUCUUACCCGAAGGCUUCGUCCGUGGCGACAUAAUUCACAAGGACGAGAGGCAUAUCAUGCUUGCUACUGACCGGCAAUUACAGCACCUAAGUAGGAGUGGUCAAUGGUUUAUGGACGGAACGUUUAAGAUUGUCAAACGUCCGUUUCAUCAACUGCUGAUCAAUCAUGCUUUUGUGCGUGCCGGCAGUAAUUUCAAGUUGAUGCCUCUUGUUUUUGUAAUUAUGUCAAGGCGUCAAACCUCGGAGUACGUCGAAGUCUUGAAGAAGCUUCUAGAGCUACUUCCCAACGAUCCUCAAGUCAAGACGAUAAUCCUGUACUUUGAACAGGCUGCGUGGAAAGCUAUCAGUAAAACCCUUCCAGAAGCCCACAUCUGUGGAUGCCUGUUCCACCUGACUCAGGCAGUCUGGCGGAAAUGUCAGGAAAUUGGAUUGCAGGUAGCCUACAUGGAGGAUGAUGCCAUACACAAGUUUGUCAGGAAAAUCAUGGCACUCCCCUUUGUACCGGCCGCUGCCAUCACGAGGAUGUUUUUGAGGAUAACAGAGCGUGUCCCGGCCACUGGCAAACUGCGUGAUCUGAUAAACUACUUUCAAGCCCUGUGGAUUGCUCAUCUCACCUUCUCUCCCAGAUCCUGGUCUGUGUUCAACAUAGCUGUCAGGACAAACAACUUUGUGGAAGGUUGGCACAGACAUUUCAAUAACAAGGUGAGUGAGCAGUCCCUGGGGAUCUACAGAUUGAUCCCAGAGCUGUUCCACGAGGCCAGUCUGUUGCCUCUACAGUCAAGACUCAUUCAGGAGGGACGACUCAGGGCGUAUGUGCGCAAAUCUUCCACAUCUCGUCAAGAGGAGAUCCUCGACAUAUGGUGAAGAUACAAAGAUGGAGACCUCUCCCUGACCCAAGUACUCUCACAAUGUUUGGUUGUACUUGGACCAAUAUUGUGAAGAGGAUGAUGAUGAUGAUGUUGACGAUGGACAUGCCACAAAACUGUAUAUAUGAACAUAUUUACUUAUCUAUGAAAACAGGAAAUACCAUGUAAAUACAUCACAUACAUCAAAUGACAUGUAAAUACAUCAAAUACCAUGUAAAUAAACCCUAUAUAUUACUACAAAAAUCGUUGUUAUCGUUAUUAAAAAUAG